GAAGUCUCAUGUUGAUAUAUUCGCUCCCAACAGUGGGAUUUUGCGUGAGCAGUGAUGGUGGCUCGGAGACACUGGUUUUCUCUAUAUCGGUCUCAUUUUUCCACACUUUGGGUCACGGGGAAUGGCUCAUCCUGGAUCUCUGGUGCUGAGAAAUUGUGGUCCUUUCUGUGCCCUCUUCCCUUGAGGGGUGGGAUAGGGAGGUCAGUCUGGGUCCAGGUGCUGUGGGUCACUGCCCGCCCUACUGCCAUUGCAGGCACAUGGUGCUUCUGAAGGAGCAGUACGGGAAGCAGGUGGUCGUGAACUUGCUUGGAAGCAGAGGUGGAGAAGAGGUGCUGAACAGAGCCUUCAAGAAGUUGCUCUGGGCUUCCUGCCACGCCAGCGACACGCCUAUGAUAAAUUUUGACUUCCAUCAGUUUGCCAAAGGUGGGAAGCUAGAGAAAUUGGAGAACCUUCUGAGGCCUCAGUUAAAGUUGCACUGGGAUGACUUUGACGUGUUCACGAAGGGCGAGCAUGUAAGUCCACGUUUUCAGAAAGGCACUUUGCGAAUGAACUGUCUCGACUGCCUGGACCGCACCAACACCGUGCAGUGCUUCAUUGCGCUCGAGGUCCUUCAUCUGCAGCUCGAGAGCCUGGGGCUGAACUCAAAACCCAUCGUUGACCGCUUUGUGGAGGCCUUCAAAGCCAUGUGGUCUCUGAAUGGGCACAGCCUGAGCAAGGUGUUCACGGGCAGCAGGGCCCUGGAAGGGAAGGCCAAGGUGGGGAAGCUGAAGGACGGGGCCCGGUCUGUAUCUCGUACCAUCCAGUCCAGCUUCUUCGACGGGGUAAAGCAGGAGGCCAUCAAGCUGCUGCUGGUUGGGGACGUCUGCAACGAGGAGUCGACAGACAAAGGAAGGAUGCUCCUGGACAACACGGCCCUCCUGGUGACUCCCAGGAUCCUGAAAGCUAUGACUGAGCGUCAGGCCGAAUUCAUGAAGUUCAGACGGAUCCGCGUGGCCAUGGGGACCUGGAACGUGAACGGAGGAAAGCAGUUCCGGAGCCACCUCCUCGGGACGGCGGAGCUCACAGACUGGCUGCUCGACUCGCCCAGGCUCUCGGGAGCUGCGGAGCCCCAGGAUGACAGCAGCCCGGCUGACAUAUUUGCCGUGGGGUUUGAAGAGAUGGUGGAACUGAGUGCAGGAAAUAUUGUUAAUGCCAGCACCACCAACAGGAAGAUGUGGGGUGAGCAGCUGCAGAAAGCCAUCUCCCGCUCUCAUAGGUACAUUCUCUUGACCUCGGCACAGCUGGUGGGCGUCUGUCUUUAUAUCUUUGUGCGUCCGUACCAUGUCCCGUUCAUCAGGGACGUGGCGAUCGACACCGUGAAGACAGGCAUGGGGGGAAAGGCGGGCAACAAGGGCGCCGUCGGCAUCCGCUUUCAGCUCCACAGCACCAGCUUCUGCUUCGUCUGCAGCCACCUGACGGCCGGGCAGUCCCAGGUGAAGGAAAGGAACGAAGACUACAAGGAGAUCACCCAGAAGCUCUGCUUCCCAACGGGAAGAGAUGUUUUUUCUCACGACUAUGUGUUUUGGUGUGGCGAUUUCAACUACCGCAUUGAUCUUACUUACGAAGAAGUCUUCUAUUUUGUUAAACGCCAAGACUGGAAGAAACUUCUGGAAUUUGAUCAGCUACAGCUACAGAAAUCAAGUGGAAAAAUUUUUAAAGACUUUCACGAAGGAACCAUUAAUUUUGGGCCCACCUACAAAUAUGACGUUGGCUCUGCCGCCUAUGAUACAAGUGACAAGUGCCGCACGCCGGCCUGGACGGACAGGGUGCUGUGGUGGAGGAAGAAGCACGCUUCUGAUAAAACAGGUGAGGGGCGACGUGCACGGCUGAGAGCUGGUGGGGGGUGGGUGACCGUCACCAUCGGGAAAAAAUGUCACAUCUCUUCAGCCCAGUGCUCUGCUAUAGAAAUCACAAUUUUCUUGGUGUAUCAGUCUGUUUUUGUUCACAGACCCGUGCUGGCGAUCGUGGAGGUGGAAGUACAAGAAGUCGACGUGGGUGCUCGGGAGAGGGUUUUCCAGGAAGUGUCCUCUUUCCAGGGCCCCCUGGAUGCCACUGUUGUCAUAAACCUUCAGUCGCCAACCCUGGAAGAGAAAAAUGAGUUUCCUGAGGACCUGCGUACCGAGCUCAUGCAGACCUUGGGGAACUACGGGACGAUCGUUCUGGUCAGGAUCAACCAAGGGCAGAUGCUGGUGACUUUUGCAGACAGUCACUCAGCUCUCAGCGUCCUGGACGUGGAUGGUAUGAAGGUGAAGGGCAGAGCAGUGACGAUUCGGCCAAAGACAAAGGACUGGCUGAAAGGUCUGCGGGAGGAGAUCAUGAGAAAACGUGACAGCAUGGCCCCCGUGUCCCCCACCGCCAAUUCCUGCCUGCUGGAGGAAAACUUCGACUUCACGAGUUUGGACUACGAGUCAGAAGGGGACAUUCUUGAAGAGGACGAAGACUACUUGGUGGAUGAGCUCAGUCAGUCUGUGGCCUCAGACAGUGAACUGGGGGCAGACGACCUUUCUGACACCCCCAGCUCCGCAGUGGGGGCACCACUCCACAAGUCACCUGCACUCAGCAAAAAGCAGCAGCAUCCAACCUACAAAGAUGAUGCUGACCUGUUGGAGUUAAAGCAGGAGCUGGAAGCAGUUGGGGAUUUCCGCCACCGUUCUCCAAGCAGGUCUCUGUCGGUUCCCAAUAGGCCUCGGCCACCUCACCCUCCACAGAGACCCCCCCCUCCAACUGGUUUCAUGGUGAAAAAGUCGGCUUCAGAUGUGUCCAUCUCCUCUGGCACCCAUGGGCAGUAUUCAAUUUUGCAAACAGCAAAACUCCUGCCGGGAGCACCUCAGCAGCCGCCCAAAGCCAGGACUGGAAUAAGUAAACCUUACAAUGUCAAACAGAUCAAAACCACCAAUGCUCAAGAGGCAGAAGCAGCAAUCCGCUGUCUCCUGGAAGCCAGAGGAGGUGCCCCAGAUGAAGCACUAAAUGCCAUGGCCUUGAGGGACCAAGGAUCCUCCAAACCAGAGCCUGCACCUGGGGUAGCCAAACCUGAAAGCUCCCAGGGGCCCCCACUCCUGCCCCGUCGGCCAGCGCCCAGGGUUCCUGCCCUCAAGAAGCCAACCUUGAGACGGACAGGAAAGCCCCUGUCACCAGAAGAGCAGUUUGAGCAACCGACUGUCCAUUUUACAGUCGGGCCCCCUGAGACAAGCUUUGAAACCCCUCCUCUAGCAACAGCCCUUCGGGUCCGUCCUGUUCCCAAACCAAGAACAUCUCAGCCUGGGAAAGGUGCAGAGAGGAGGCCAAACAACGGAAAGCCAGCGCCAGACGAAACCCCUGCCGUGGCAAAAGUCACCAUGCCACCGCCUCCGGAGGUUCUGUCUCUUGUGCCCAAAGUGCCCCCGAGGAGGAAGAAGUCAGCGCCAGCAGCCUUCCACAUGCAGGUCCUGAAGAGCAACAGCCAGCUCCUCCAGGGCCUCGCGUGCUGCAGCAGCAGCGACCGUCCAGCUGGGCACGAGCCUGUCUUUCCACAAGUGGAUUUUCUCCACAGUUCAUCUGCUCCCAGCCCCGAAACUGAUGGCACCAAAGGGAUGGAGCCAGAGGCAGCCUCCUUUCUCGGUGAUUAUCAGGAUCCCUUCUGGAGCCUUCUCCACCAUCCUAAACUGUUGAAUAACUCUUGGCUUUCCAAGAGCUCUGACCCUUUGGACUCGGGGCCCAGGAGCCCUGAAAGGGCUCACACAGACCCAGUGCCAGUCAGUGCUUCCACUGCCGAGGUGGAGCUGCCACCAGACCAUAGACAAGAAAACUUUGAUCACUGGGUGACAGUCAAUGACAAAGACAAGAGGACAGUGCUGCAGGUGUUUGACCCACUGACAAAAACAUGACUGAGCCAUGCUGGAGGCCGAGCUCUUCCAGAAUGCGCACCUUCCCCACGGGCACCUCUUGACCAGGUCAAAAGAAACUUCUAUUUAAAGGCACAUUGAGAAAAACAUUUUUGCAUCUGUCACUCUUGUGUAGUUUACUAAAAUUGUGUCCCUUAUUCAAUAAGAUUAUUAUUCAGCCACCAAAA